AUGAAUGAACCCUCGCCUGCAUAUCUUUACUCAGUUUGUAACAAAGGUCGUAAAACUGAAUGUUUGUUAGAUCCGACCGCAGUUAGAACUGUUGCCUUCACUAUAGACAAAGUAGUACAUUUUAAUUUUCUGACGUCAACGCUCUCCUAUCGAUUCGAUGAACCAAUUUCUCGCACAAAAGAAUUAAAUUUAAAAUGCGCUAAAUCCACAGGUGAUACAUCAUAUGUUGACCUAUUUGUAGAUCAAUAUAUGACCAAACAUCUGUCACUUUCUCCAAGAAACAAUAAGGAAUACAUACUUUUCAAUCCUUUAUUAUCGUCAAUAGCUCCAAAUAUUUGUUCAUUAUCUAUUCGUCUCGAACAGCUUACGUCUCUAAUUGACAAGAUGGAACAACUGACGGUUCAACGAUUGUUACAGCAUAUUCACACUUUAAAAAUAUUUAUUCAUUCUCGAUUGAUGAAUAUCGAUAUUGGAAAUGUAUCUAUGGCAUUUUCAAUUGUUAAACAUUUAACAUUACAAACGGAUAAAGAAGAAGUAACAUUUUAUUCUGAACUACUGGUCAUUAAGGAUAUUAUUCAAUAUUUUCCACAUUUGAUCACAGUUAAAAUGCGUUGGCACAGUAAGAUGAUACCGGUGUAUAUAAAAUUAUGGCUGUCCUAUUGCAUGCGGGAACGUAACACACAAAAAUAUCACUCUGAAUAUGACACAAAAUAUCUCGUUGUAUGGUUUUAA